UGUUGCUGAACAAGAAUUGAAGCAAAGAUAAGCUGGGGAAGCAGGACGAGGUGGGCAAGGGUUUCUCUUUAUGUCGGGGGAAGGCGCUGCCGGAGGUGAGCGCAAGUGAAUCUUGUAUCAAGAAGGAAAGAGAAGGGAAGCGAUCCGCCGUUUCCUCUUUCCAGAUAUGUCAACGGCAGAUCCGAACUCACUCAACUCGUUACGUGACGGAUAAUGGCUUUGCAUAAUUGAUGUCGACGAUAAUUCAUCCUAACCUCUUAGCAGAUUUCUGUUCUGGUGCUUUGAUGUUUUGGACACUAUUCGCACCAUCUCCCACCACUCACAGCUAUGGCUCAGUCUUAAGCUUUGAUGUUCCUGCACCGUUCGGCCAGCCCACGAGGAAAUCAGAGAUAAUAACCGAAGCCGUGUCCGUCGUCUCUUCACCUGUUCGUCUCUCUUCACCCAUUCUGUCCCGCAGUCAAACAUCGCACGAACCCAGCCAAGCCCACGCCGUCGCUUCCUCCGCAGCAAACCACUGCAGCUGAACAUGUUCAUCGCAACCACGCGGGGUCACGCAAA